UAUAUAUAUCUCCUCUGAUAAGAAAGAGAGAAAAAGAAGAACACUGUAAUGUCUUCUCUCAUUCUAUACUCCAUUCUUUUUGCUAUCUUCUUGUACUUCUUCCACCGCUUUCGAUCCCUCCUCCUCCCUGGCUCCCGCCCUCUUCCGCCAGGGCCUAAGCCAUGGCCUAUUGUUGGAAACUUACCCCACUUAGGCCCCAAGCCACACCAAACCAUGGCUGCCUUGGCUCAAGUUUAUGGACCUCUCAUGCACCUGCGCAUGGGGUUCGUUGAUGUUAUUGUGGCAGCGUCUGCGUCGGUGGCUGCCCAGUUCUUGAAGACCCAUGAUGUUAACUUCUCCAGCAGGCCGACAAACGCUGGUGCCAAAUAUGUUGCUUAUAAUCAUCAAGAUCUUGUUUUUGCACCCUACGGUCCGCGAUGGCGUUUGCUUAGAAAGAUCAGUUCUGUUCAUCUUUUCUCAGCCAAAGCCUUGGAUGAUUUUAGACAUGUUAGAGAGCAAGAAGUGGGAAUACUCACACACGCAUUGGCGGAUGCUUGCGAAACGCCAAUUAACUUGGGGAGAUUACUGAAUACAUGCACGACAAACGCGUUAGGGCGCGUGAUGAUAGGGCGAAGAGUGUUCGGCGACGGUAGCGGCGGUGGUGAUGCAAAGGCGGACGAGUUCAAGUCGAUGGUGGUGGAGUUAAUGAAAUUGGCUGGAGUAUUCAACAUCGGGGACUUUGUUCCUGCAGUAGAAUGGCUGGACUUGCAAGGAGUAGCGGCUAAAAUGAAGAAGCUGCAUAAGAAAUUUGAUGCUUUCUUGAGUGAAAUGGUGGAGGAGCAUAAGACGAGCGGUUCUGACGGCAGUGAAAAACAUACUGACAUGUUGAGUACAUUGGUUUCUUUGAAGGAGGAGGACGACGGAGAGGGAGGGAAACUCACCGACAUUGAAAUCAAAGCGUUGCUUCUGAAUAUGUUCAUAGCAGGCACUGAUACUACAUCAAGCACAGUUGAAUGGGCUAUUGCAGAACUCAUUAGGCACCCAAAAAUCCUGACCCAGGUCCGACAAGAGCUCGAUUCUGUUGUGGGUCGAGACCGACUUGUGACUGAAGUGGACAUAGCCCAGUUCACUUACCUACAAGCUGUAGUUAAGGAGGUUCUCAGGCUACACCCAUCGACUCCGUUAUCACUACCUCGGAUGGCCACAGAGAGUUGUGAAAUAAAUGGCUUUCACAUCCCCAAAGGCUCUACUCUUCUGGUAAAUGUAUGGGCUAUAGCCCGUGAUCCAAAGAUAUGGACUAACCCAUUAGAGUUUCAGCCCGAAAGAUUUCUGCCAACAGGAGAGAAAUCUAAUGUGGAUGUGAAAGGAAAUGACUUUGAGCUGAUCCCAUUUGGUGCUGGACGAAGAAUAUGUGCGGGUAUGAACUUGGGAUUAAGAAUGGUUAAUCUGCUAAUAGCAACAUUAAUCCAUGCAUUUGAUUGGGAAUUAGAAAAUGGGUUGAAAGCUGAGGAAUUGAAUAUGGAGGAAGCAUAUGGACUUACCUUACAGCGCCUUGUGCCUUUAAUAGUGCGUCCUAGGCCAAGGCUAUCACCAAAUGUUUAUGGUGCAUUAUCUACCUGAAUUAUGUAUUUGUUUGAUGAUUAAAAGAGUUGAGUUGUUAUGACAAUUGCAAAAAUAAAUUUAGUAUUUUCCUAAUUUA